AUGCCCGCCGACGCCCCUCCGCAAUUCACGCUUUUCCCCCUCCUCCCGGCAGAACUCAGGGUCAAGAUAUGGCAAACUGCCCUUUUCGAGCGCAAUUCCAUCGUGGAACUCCGCGUUAUCAACGAUGCGAUUAUCCCUAAAUCGCGCCCUUCUAUCGUUCUUCGCAUUAAUCAAGAAUCAAGAUACGAGGCGUUUAGGGCUUUGAAGGCUCUCUCAGACAGUCUGUCCUUCUCUAAAGAUGGGGAAGCACAGAACCAACUGUAUCUCUUGCCAGAACGAGAUACCAUCUACUUCAGCAAUGACUAUCAGUUCGUAAGCCCAUCGACCGUUCAGUGCAAGAUGGCAGGUAUGGCGGGGACCCUGUCGUUACUUGCUGCAUCCUUGUCCGAGAUCGAGAGGGCCAAGAUCCAGACUCUGGCUAUUGACAUUUACGAGUGGUCAGAGGUUGACCACAUAAGGGAGAUACUACAACAGCUCAUUCCAUUUGAAGGGUUGAAGACUCUCGUUGUAGUGAUGAGGGAUCCGGUGGAGGAAAAGAAGUCCGGCGGUGGCGACAGGAUAUUUGUCGACUGGCCUUGGAGCCAGAGAAAGCCAGCCUACGACCUACAGACGAAGUUAUGGAAAAUGUCUAGGAGCACAUUACGAUAUAAUCCCCAGUGGAAGGAACCUGUUGUACAGUUGCGCCUGGCACAUUUCUUGGAUAGGCCACUGUUCCCAUGGAAGAAGCUUAUAGUGGGCUUCUCCCUUGCACAGUACCUUUUCGAAAGCUACCUCUCCCUCCGUCAAUACCAGGUCUUGAAGAACACUAGACCACCCAAGGUUCUCUCCAACGAGGUCUCCCAGGAGGUCUUUGAUAAAUCCCAGGCAUACGGACGCGCAAAGGCGCAGUUCAGCUUCGUCUCUUCUCUCUACGGCCAAAUCCAAAACACUGCUUUCAUCUACUACGAUAUUCUCCCGAAACUCUGGACCUUGACUGGAUCAUGGCUCCUUCGAUUCGCACCGACCCGCUUCUCCGGCGAGAUCUCUCACUCGAUCGUCUUCGUCCUUACAUUUAUCAUCAUCCAACAAGUUCUUUCGCUACCUACUUCGAUCUACAGCACAUUUGUCUUGGAGGAGAAAUUUGGCUUCAACAAGCAGACGCCUAAGGUCUUCGUUACCGAUAUCUUGAAAUCUCAGAUGCUGGCGUUCAUCCUUGCCCCACCUAUCCUUGCCGGUUUCCUCAAGAUCGUCCAGAAGACUGGCAACCAGUUCUUCUACUACCUCUGGCUAUUCGGAGCCGCACUCCAGGUUUUCAUGAUCACCGUCUACCCAAUCACCAUCCUGCCACUCUUCAACAAGCUCUCGCCUUUGGACCCAGGAGCACUCAAGACCGGCGUCGAAGGCUUGGCACAGCGCCUCAACUUCCCUCUCAAGGAGCUCUACGUUAUCGAUGGAAGCAAGAGAAGCGCCCACAGCAACGCCUACUUCUUCGGUCUGCCAUGGAAGAAGCACAUCGUCAUCUACGACACCCUCAUCGAGAAGAGUGAAACCGAGGAGGUCGUGGCCGUUCUCGCACACGAGCUCGGCCACUGGAGCCUUGGUCACACGACACGUCUAUUCGCGAUCUCACAGGUCCACUUCUUCUACAUCUUCUCCCUCUUCUCCGUCUUCAUCAACAACAAAUCCCUCUACCGCUCCUUCGGCUUCCACACCUCAAUGCCCAUCAUCAUCGGCUUCAUCCUCUUCUCCGACGCGCUCGCGCCCAUGGACACCGUGAUCAAGCUACUAAUGAACAUCCUCUCGCGGCGCUACGAGUUCCAAGCCGACGAGUUCGCGCAGAAGCUCGGCUACAGCACCGAGCUCGCAAAGUCCCUCAUCAAGCUCCAGAUCCAGAACCUGAGCACCAUGGACGCCGACUGGAUGUACGCCACGUACCACUUCAGCCACCCGAUCCUGAGCGAGAGGCUGGGCGCGCUGGGGUGGCAUGGCGAUAGGAGCGGGGAGAGCGUGGUGGAUGAGAAGAAUGAUGGUGCGGUGAAGGCGAGCGGACGCGACGAGUUGUAA